UAAAGAGCUUAGUUGAACCCACGGCCCAUAUAAGGCCCAGUAGCGAUGAAGAGACCGAACUCUGAGAAAGGGAUCUCCAAAUGAAACUGGGAGAGAAAGAAGGCGAGAGAUGGCGAAGGAGAAGAGGUGUGUGGAGUGUGGCCACAAGGUUAAAUCAUUGCUGAUUCAGUACUCUCCUGGCAACUUUCGUCUCAUGAAAUGCGAGAAUUGCAACGAAGUAGCAGACGAAUACAUCGAGUGCGAGCUGAUGAUUAUAUUCAUCGACUUGAUACUUCACAAGACAAAGGCUUAUAGACACUUACUCUACAAUGUGUUUACUCAAGAAACUGUCUACGUUCAGAGGGUUUCACAAUUUGGCAGCAUCUGUUGUGGAAGUUGGUCUUGGCUUAUCUUCUUCUAGAUACUUGUAUCCUUUCCUUUUCUUUUGUAUUGUAACUAUACAGAGCAUAUUAUUUUGGAGAGCCUUUAACAAAUUUAAAGAUAGAAGCUUGCUGUUGAGAAGAACCAAUGAUGAAUCAAGCGUGCCCAUUAGCUUUGUUCUUGCAUCUCUAGAGGUUCUGGUUAAUGUCUUAUCUGCAAACUUUGCAUUUGUUUUAUCAUUUGCACUUGCGUCCAAGAUUAUAUCAAUCGGUGCUUCCAGAGGAAAAGAGAUUCUUUUGGGGAUCUUCAUCUCAAGUUACAUCAAGAUCUUUCUAUUUGCUAUGCCGGUUUGGGAGUUCCCAGUUUCAGUGAUCUUCAUUGUAGAUAUGCUUGUCUUAACAUCAAACGCAGUUGCUCUUAAAGUGAUGACUGAAUCAACAACGAGCAGAUGCUUAGCCGCGUGUUUCAUGGCACACUCGAUUAAAUUCUUGGCAGAUCAAAUCUCUGGGUCAAGGUCCUUGAAACACUUGGGGUCUGUGAUGUAUCUGCCUUUUAUUUUCAAAAACGUGUGAUCUUAUAAUCGUCACAAGGGAAGAGUUUGUUUAAUCUUUGAUCAUAUGUUCAUUAAGAUAAAUGUUAGGAUCCUGACACACUUUUAUUUAAUCCACUCUUUUUUUGGAUGCUUCA